GGACUUGCAUUGGUCGUCACUUUUUUUUUGGCAUUUCGCAGCGUUUCAUCUUUAGCCUCAUGCUUCCUCGCAAAAAUGGACGGCCUGGAUUGAUCUGCAGUAUAUAUCAUCAAUCAUUUUCCCCUCAAAACCUAACUCCCCGUAAACCCUAGUUCGCGUCUGUGAGUUGCAUCUCUCAUCCAUGGGGGCUUACACGUACGUGUCGGAGCUAUGGAGGAAGAAGCAAUCAGAUGUGAUGAGGUUCUUGCAAAGGGUUAGGUGUUGGGAGUAUCGUCAGCACCCAUCGAUUGUUCGGGUCACGCGCCCCACGCGUCCCGACAAGGCUCGCCGGUUGGGUUAUAAGGCCAAACAGGGUUAUGUGAUAUACCGUGUUCGUGUUAGACGAGGUGGUCGGAAAAGGCCUGUUCCCAAGGGUAUUGUUUACGGGAAGCCCACAAACCAAGGUGUCACACAGCUGAAGUUUCAACGCAGCAAAAGAUCAGUUGCAGAGGAACGUGCUGGUCGGAAGUUAGGAGGCCUUAAGGUUCUCAACUCUUACUGGAUUAAUGAGGAUUCAACAUACAAGUACUAUGAGAUAAUCCUUGUUGAUGCUGCACACAAUGCUAUUAGAAAUGACCCAAGAAUUAACUGGAUCUGCAACCCUGUCCACAAGCACAGAGAGCUGCGUGGGCUGACUUCUGCGGGAAAGAAAUAUAGGGGUCUUCGUGGAAAAGGACAUUUACACCACAAGGCACGCCCUUCUCGCAGGGCGACCUGGAAGAGAAACAAUACCCUCUCCCUUCGUCGGUAUCGUUGAUCUUGGGUGCUGCUGCUUGGCUUUUGGUUCGAUCAUGUUUAUUUUUUAUUUUUAUUUUUUUUGUGGGAGAUGUUCCUGUUUUGUCUUCAGGAUGUUUGAAUUUGAAACAUUUUUAAACAUGUUGUGCGGGCUGUAGGAUUUAAAUUCCAGCUUUGUUAUAUUGAGACUCGGUUUUGUUUCGCUUUCACCUAGAAGAAUGGAAUGGACUAUUUUUUUAAAA